AACCGCCCCAAUGGAUCAAAGCCCCUCCGAGAAUAUUUUACCAACUCAAGAACUUCAAUCACGACACUGACUUAUGCCCUUUCUGGAAUCUGUCGUAUAGAAAAACCUUUGUGGAGGCAAAGUAACAAUGGCCAAGGUCACUUUCACAGCAUGGAAGACCAAGGCCCAAUUACUCGAUGUGCGGAGUGAAUUUUACCCGCCCACAUGGUACACUGGGCCGGACAGGCGCUCACAUGCCUGCGCCACGGUCGAGGCUUGGAAGUUACGUGGCAAUGUCCCACACCACGUCGAGGCCACAGCGUUGUUGACAGACGCGAUUCUGCAUGAUGACGGGCUGCGGAAUUCCAUCUUUUCCAUCCGGGCCACGUAUUCAGCAGCUUUUUGUCGCUUUGUGACAGGCUUGGUAGACACCAAAGUCACCGGCCCCCGGAGAACGAUGUUCCAGCGGGCGAUGGAUCUGGGCCUGCCGGCGUCAUUUGUUGAACUGCGCCAUGAAGCAACGCAUCGUGAGCCUCCAUCGCUUGUUGUCCUUCGCAAAGCCACGCAGCGUUCGUUGGAGUGGCUGUGGGACAACUACUGGGCCAACAUUGACCUCGAUGUAAUCGGCGGUGUACUUCAGUACAACCGUGACGAAGGCUUGCCAAUUACGACGGUGCUCGGUGAAGUACUGCAAGAGUUUGUGCACGGGUCAGGGUCCAGGCCAGCACAGAAGAAAAGGAAACGCGAGCAUGAGGAUGGCAUUGCGGGUCGAUUGCUCGAAAUCUGCAGUAUGUCGAGGGACGGUAUGGAUGCUGGCCUGGCUGCGCUGUCGGUCCUUUUGUUGGAUCUGAAACUGUUGUUUGAUUCGGAGAGAAGACUUGGGGACUCCAUGAAUGCCAUGUUUGAGAAGUGGGAUCCAGUUCUGCAGAAAGUUGCAGACGGUCAUUCUCCGUUCUUGCUGUUCCUGUCCGAGGAGCUGGUACACAAGUUGGCGCUCAAUCCGGCGACCGAUUCACCGGAGAACACCAUUGACGAGGGAAUUUUCUUGUGGCUGGAUCAUUUGCUCAACUCACCUACAUGGGAGUCGCGGAAGCAAUAUCUCCCCCGAGACUACAUCAUCGCCGUGUGCCAUGGCCAGCCCAGCCACUGGGCGAAGAUGAUGGCUCAGAAUCUCCAACUCCAGCAGCAGGGCAGCGCUGCCGUGGUGCCCCGCCGUCAAAUGACGGUGAACAAGUCCUCGAAGAAGCGGGCACAUACUGUUUCGGAUGGGGAGUUUUCAAGGAAGCUGCAGGGGCAUGGAUGGGGCCUUGCAGAGAAAUGGGACAAUCGGCCACUGGGAAUGACUUUGAAAAUUUAAGAAGCAUAUGUUUACUCUAAUCAUCAAAAGUUGUUGCCGCUGGCGGUACUUCCUAUGCAUUUGCCGGUUACUUUCUAUGAGACAUUUCUAAGCGCCCAUUUUGACAAACAACUUCCCCGUAAAAACACGAUGGCUCCAAUUAUCAAGCUCGGCGGCCACAAGCCAUUCCGCCUUACUCCAGAUAUCCAGGGAGCCAUACAUCGACAGACCGUACUGCCAAGCCCCACGUUCACAUACACACCAACACGACACUGCAGAAGGAAUCAAGUUGAGAUUGUGAUCCCUUCUAUUGCCACUUUCAAUUGUCGGGAGUACGUCGGCAAUAGUGACUGUCGGAGCAGCAGGAUUGGUGGAUACCCGGGGAAAAGAGAUAUUAGUUCAUGUAGAUUGCCCAAACAAAUUGCCAGCGAGAGGCUUCGGAAGUAAUUCAAAUUCACUACGAUUUCUAUUGAUGC